GUGUGCAGUGAAUCAUAUUUGCAGUAGGUGGCGCUCUUCAUUCACCAGCCGACACUGCUGGCAACCGAAAAAGGCAGCAUGAAGAGGGGGAGGGAAGGAGGCUCAAGCCUUUAUCAUUAGAAACCUCAGAGCAUGAAUUACCUCCACGAAGUCAUCGGCGAGAAUUUACGAGUGGUCUGCAAAACAGUCACGUGAUCGCGGCCCCUCCCUCUCCGUCUCCUCCCUCGCCUCCCCCAUGACACACACACACACUCACACACAUCUACAUCCAACACCCCACCCCCCUAUUUGGACGGCGCAUACAAAGCUAAAAACGAAGUACAGUGCAACGCCAUAAUUCACUAAUACAUCAUAAAUCGUUGAAAGUACCAGGGUUGUAACGACCGGGAGAAAUCUAACAAAUCAGGCCCCCCCCCCCCCCUCCAACACCCCCCCUUUACAACUCAGCUGUUUGCCUGUAACUCUGUAAAACAACUAAAUGAGUUCCUACUUUGUAAACUCGUUCUCGAACGGUCCCGACUAUCAGCUGCUAAAUUAUGGAGCCAGCAGCGGCGCAAUGAACAGCGGGACGUUCAGGGACUCCUCCUCCGCCACCAUGCACCAUGCGACGGGCUCCUAUGGCUACGGCUACAGCGGCAUGGAUCUGACCGUAUCCAGCCGAGGAGGGGGGGGCAACCGAGCCGCGAGCACCGGAGGACAGUUCGGGGGAGGCUCGGCGGUUGAGUUCUCCAGGGGUUUCGGCUUCAGACAGCCGGCCAGUUGCUCCCUCUCCUCUGGGGGGAGUUCUCUCCUGACAGGCGGCCGUGAGAACAACAAGCCGGGCGCGCAGAGAUCUCCCACCUCAGAGCGACCAGGAAGCAGCAACCUCAGCUCUCCAAACCUGUCCGCCGCGGCUGGCGGCACGACGCCGCGCUUCACGGAGCUUGAAGACGCUUCGGGAGACAGCGAGGACCUGCUGGACUGCAGAGAUGCCGUCCGUGGGGAUGAUUCACCGCCCGAUCCGGCGCGAUCCAGAGCAGCUGAGAAGCAGGAAGGCGACCCGGCGGGCUCAGCUGCUGGCACCAGGGGCAGUGACGCGCACGCACCUCAGAUUUUCCCCUGGAUGAGAAAACUGCACAUAAGCCAUGAUAUGACGGGCCCGGACGGGAAAAGGGCGCGGACAGCCUACACCCGCUAUCAGACUCUGGAGCUGGAGAAGGAGUUCCACUUCAACCGGUACCUCACGCGGCGGCGGCGCAUCGAGAUUGCUCACGCGCUCUGCCUCACGGAACGACAGAUCAAGAUCUGGUUCCAGAACCGGAGAAUGAAGUGGAAGAAGGACAACAAGCUUAAAAGUAUGAGUCUGGCUCCGGCCGGCGGUGCCUACCAACCCUAGGAGGAAGGAGAAGCUGCUCCUUCAGCUUCAUGACGUGUUUGUCUGGGAGGCAAACUGGACAAAAGCGCAAAGAGGUGUCCAAGGGAAAGGGAAAAAUAAAACAUGAUGAAAAACACAAAGUAAAGAAGAAGGCUGGUGGAAAUGGAAUAAAUAGAGGACGAUGAAGAAAAUAGUGGCAGGAUGAAUCGGAUUCCAUCUUUGAUUCAAAGUACAAUGUUUGUUCUCCAGUUAGUAGCUGUGAUGUUCAGUUCAGCACUUUUUAUUCGUGUCCUUUACGUCGGUUUGUGAGGGCAGCAGAAAAAAAACAAGGCUGGUACUAUCUAUCCAUCUAUAUAUAUAUCUAUUUAUCUUCAUAUAUAUAUCUAUAUAUACAUCUAUAGAUAUACAUAUAUACAGAGAUAAAUAGAUGUAUAUAUAUGUACAUAUAUACAUCUAUUUAUCCCUAUAUAUGUUUUACUUUCCGGCUGCCUGCCUAUUAUCUAGUGUCCGAUGUGUGAAUAUUUAGUGUGAUAUUUUCCUUUUGUAUUCAGUCAUCCUCUUAAGUUAUUUCCAUCCAGUGAAGCUCAGCCCCUCCCUGCUUAACCCCCCCAUCCCUUCCCCGUCCUCUCACCGUGUUUCAAGCACCAUUGAAACCUGAACUCACUUUUACUGUGGAAGAAGGGAAAAUGUUUGCGUGUUUGUGAAUGAGGUCGUGCUAAAAAAGUGCGCGUGUGUUUGUGAACCAAUCGAGCGGCCUUCGUGUCCCUGUCCGUCCCUUGUUUCUGUGUAACCGACCGAAAUAUAUCGUUGUUGUGAUUAUUUGUUGAAUGUGUCACAUCUGAUGUACACACACACACACACACACACACAGAUAUGGUGACGUUUUGACGGCUGUGGUUGCGUUUGUGUGAGCGCGUGGGUGAAUGAGAGCUGUGCGGUAUUGUGUCCUUGUAAACUUUCUGUCAGUGAGCUUUUUGUAACUGUUUCGGAUUUGAGUGAAACAUAAUUAUGAAUAAAGUUUCUCACGGUAAAGCGGAGUGGACAGCAUGACGCAGCUGUUCACAGAGGAAAACUGGAUUUUUUUGUAGAGCUUAACGCAUUAUUCAGCAACAGGAGCUCAAAAAUGCAUGAAAAAAUACUCCAUAUUUAAAGAAGCUUAUAUGGGAGUGAAGCUUAUAUGAAGAAAAAAAGUAUAUUCUCCAAAAAAUUCUUCGUGCAUCUCGCAGGCCUGCCUGGAACCUGAGCCUAGAAAUAUCUAAAGCUCAAAGGAUAAAGGCGACAUUUAAGCACAAACCUGAUCAGUUAAACAAAAAAGGAAGAAAACAAUAAAGGCCAAAUUAAGUUCAGAGUUUUCUACCUAAAAACAAAUGACCAUCGGUGGUCAAAUGCGUCACGUUUCUGUCCUUUCCGCGUCGAACGGAAGCAGCUUCCAGAAAAUCCAGUUAUUGUCUCCUGAUUAUCUCUGCUUGUAAACAACCGAAUGAACUUUUAAACUCACCGGCUGCUGA